CAGAAGGUGCUCUUGGGGCUGCGGGAAGGCGGGUGGGAGAUGAAGCGGAAGGGGCCAGCAGGACCGCAGAUCAGGUUACUCAACGAUAGUUAUGACCUCCCGGUUACGUGCGUUGGGUGGAAGAAUUAAUAAUAUACGCACCUCAGAACUACCCAAAGAGAAGACUCGAUCCGAAGUCAUCUGCAGCAUCCGCUUUCUGGAUGGCUUGGUACAGACCUUUAAAGUUAACAAGCAAGAUACUGGUCAGGUUCUUCUGGAUAUGGCAUACAACCACCUGGGUGUGACAGAAAAGGAGUAUUUUGGUUUGCAACAUGGCGAUGACUCAGUAGACUCUCCUCAGAGAUGGCUUGAAUCAAGCAAACCCAUCAGGAAGCAGUUAAAAGGAGGUUUCCCCUGUACCCUGCAUUUUCGAGUAAGAUUUUUUAUACCUGAUCCCAACACACUGCAGCAAGAACAAACCAGGCAUUUGUAUUUCUUACAACUGAAGAUGGAUAUUUGUGAAGGAAGGUUAACCUGCCCUCUUAACUCAGCAGUGGUUCUAGCAUCCUAUGCUGUACAAUCUCAUUUUGGAGACUAUAAUUCUUCCAUACAUCAUACAGGCUAUCUUUCCGAUAGUCAGUUUAUACCAGAUCAAAACGAUGACUUUUUAACAAAGGUGGAAUCGCUCCAUGAGCAGCACAGUGGGCUAAAGCAGUCAGAAGCAGAAUCUUGCUAUAUCAACAUAGCACGGACCCUCGACUUCUACGGAGUGGAACUGCACGGUGGUAGGGAUCUGCACAAUUUAGAUCUAAUGAUUGGAAUUGCUUCUGCGGGCAUUGCUGUAUACCGAAAAUACAUUUGCACAAGUUUCUAUCCUUGGGUGAACAUUCUCAAAAUUUCUUUCAAAAGGAAAAAAUUCUUUAUACAUCAGCGACAAAAACAGACUGAAUCCAGGGAACAUAUUGUGGCCUUCAACAUGUUAAAUUACCGAUCUUGCAAAAACUUGUGGAAAUCCUGUGUCGAGCACCAUACAUUCUUUCAGGCAAAGAAGCUACUACCUCAGGAAAAGAAUGUUCUGUCUCAAUACUGGACCCUGGGCUCUAGGAACCCCAAAAAGUCUGUAAAUAACCAAUAUUGCAAAAAGGUGAUUGGAGGAAUGGUAUGGAACCCAGCCAUGCAGAGAUCUUUAUCCGUGGAGCAUUUAGAAACCAAGAGUCUCCCUUCUCGGUCACCUCCUAUUACUCCCAACUGGCGAAGUCCUCGGCUCCGGCACGAAAUCCGAAAGCCACGCCACUCUUCCGCAGACAACCUUGCAAAUGAAAUGACGUACAUUACGGAAACCGAAGAUGUGUUUUACACUUACAAGGGCUCCCUGUCCCCAAAAGAUAGCGAUUCUGAAGUUUCUCAGAACCGAAGCCCGUACCGAGAGAGUUUAUCCGAGAACCAUCCAGCACAAAGCCGCCUGACCCAGAAGUCAUCCAGUUCUGUGUCUCCAUCUUCAAAUGCUCCAGGCUCCUGCUCACCAGAUGGUGUCGAUCAGCAGUUCUUGGAGGACUACCACAGGGUGACCAAAGGGGGCUCCACUGAGGACGCCAGCCAGUACUACUGUGACAAGAAUGAUAAUGGUGAUAGCUACUUAGUCUUGAUCCGUAUCACACCAGAUGAAGAUGGAAAAUUUGGAUUUAAUCUUAAGGGAGGAGUGGAUCAAAAGAUGCCUCUCGUGGUAUCAAGGAUAAACCCAGAGUCACCUGCGGACACUUGCAUUCCUAAGCUGAAUGAAGGGGAUCAAAUCGUGUUAAUCAAUGGCCGGGACAUCUCAGAACACACCCACGACCAAGUGGUGAUGUUCAUCAAAGCCAGCCGGGAGUCCCACUCGAGGGAGCUGGCCCUGGUGAUCAGGAGGAGAGCUGUCCACUCGUUUGCUGAUAUCAAAUCUGAAGAUGAAUUGAACCAGCUUUUCCCUGAGGCCAUUUUCCCCGUGUGUCCAGAGGGUGGGGACACUUUGGAGGGAUCCAUGGAACAGCUAAAGAAGGGCCUCGAAAGCGGGACAGUGCUGAUCCAGUUUGAGCAACUCUACAGAAAGAAGCCUGGUUUGGCCAUCACGUUUGCAAAACUGCCUCAAAAUUUGGACAAAAACCGGUAUAAAGAUGUGCUGCCUUAUGACACCACCCGGGUAUCACUGCAGGGAAAUGAAGAUUAUAUCAAUGCAAGUUAUGUGAACAUGGAAAUUCCUGCUGCUAACCUUGUGAACAAGUACAUCGCCACUCAGGGACCCCUGCCGCAUACCUGCGCACAGUUUUGGCAAGUCGUCUGGGAUCAGAAGUUGUCACUCAUCGUCAUGUUGACUACUCUCACAGAGCGAGGGCGGACUAAAUGUCACCAGUACUGGCCCGAUCCCCCCGAUGUCAUGGACCAUGGCUGCUUUCACAUCCGGUGUCAGUCAGAGGACUGCACCAUCGCCUACGUGUCCCGAAAAAUGCUGGUCACCAACGCCGAGACUGGGGAGGAGCACACAGUGACACAUCUCCAGUAUGUUGCAUGGCCUGACCAUGGCGUGCCUGAUGACUCCUCGGACUUUCUGGAAUUUGUAACCUAUGUGAGGUCCCUGAGAGUGGAUGGUGAACCUGUCUUAGUUCACUGCAGUGCUGGAAUAGGUCGAACUGGUGUGUUGGUCACUAUGGAAACAGCCAUGUGCUUAAUUGAGAGGAACCUGCCUGUUUACCCACUGGAUAUUGUCCGAAAAAUGCGAGACCAGCGUGCCAUGAUGGUGCAGACAUCAAGCCAGUACAAGUUUGUGUGCGAAGCGAUUCUGCGCGUGUAUGAAGAAGGCUUAGUCCCAAUGCUGGAUCCCAGUUAAGAUGACUGUGAAAACGUUCAUUCCUCUUUCCCAAGAGCAUCCUUUUUAGCUGCGGGAAAGGAAUGGGCACAUUUGAACCCAGGCACUUUAACUUUCUGUAGAAAAGGUAUCGUGUACAUAGGAACUGGUGUAGAUACACGCAUGCAGUUAGGGCGCAUUUAGCCCAUAUUCCUAUGGUGAGAAAUAAGCAAAGGGGGAACUCAGUUUGGGGCCCGUCCUGACGCCUUACUCGCUGGACAUCACCAGACCCAUUGAGAGGGGACACGAGCAGUGCUUGUGACCUCCCAGAAACGAGAUGGUCUGGCUAUUUAGGGCUGCUUGGAUGUUCUGUGUGUUUAUGUGUGUAGGACUAUAAGGGCUGUCUCUGUGCUUCUAGGCAAAGCUGGAACAGAUGUGUCCGCUUGCCCCUGAGGCUAUGGAAACCCUCACGAAUGUACUAAAGGGCAGGGAAGUGGGAAUUCAGGCUGAAGGACAAGCAGCACCUUUUUUGCCCUCCCUUCCUUUGUCCCAUCUCCCUGCCACUUCCGAUUCUCGUGCUUCUGAGAACCAUGUCCAGAACGCCCCUGCUUCUCUCCCUGCAUUAGUUCCUCUCAGGGUCACACUCCGUGCCUGAACCAGAUUGGUAAUGUAUGUUCAGGUGAAUUUUCAGCUGCGACUCUGAGAAUUAGGACUCUCCAUGUCUUCUUGUCAUUAUGUGUCUUAGUUUUAUCAGCACCGCACUCUCCCGAGUGAGCCACGGGCCGGCCCAUGUGUCUUAGUUUUAGAAGCAGGUGUGUCUCUUGCCUCUGCUUGCCUCCUACUGUAUACUCAGAACCCAGGACUGGAAUCACUGACUACUGAAUCUACUACAUGUAUUGCUGCUACUUCAAGCUACUACACUUGAAACGUUACAAUUUUCCUGAGGGGAGAUGGGACAAUAUCAUCUAAAUAUUCAGCAUCUUUGGCCCUUCUGAGAAAAGAUCGUCUAGUAAUUGAACCAUGGGAAACCCAGCUUCUAGAGGGUUGUCCGCGGGUGUGUGUACAUGUGUGCGUGCCCUUGGGUGAGUGUUUCUCAGGAUUCCUAACUUGAUUCAUAUUACUGAUGAGUUUAUGUAAAGAAUGAGUCUCUGUAUAAAAGAACAAAUGGCUUCAUUCACCCUCAGUUACAAUGGUCUCCAUUUCAUUUCAAAGGAGAGGAUCAGACCAUCUGAAUAUAAACACAAUUUGAUGUUAAUUUAUUCUAAGUACACCAUGAUUUUGAUUGUCCUAAAGAAUUC